UUCUGUACCAAAACCAUGAGUGCGAGUACUCCAUCGUGGCACUUAUCUCUACGCGAGAGAGUUCUACGCAAUGCGGGCACUGCUGUCGGGUCGGUGUUUACAGCAGUAGGUAUAGCAGGAAACAUACUCGUCAUGUUCAUCAUCCUGCGUUUCCCUCGAAUGCGAACUGUCCCCAACGUUUAUCUGUUCUGCAUCGCGUUUUCGGACCUCGUUAUUCUCACCGUGGCUCCGAUCAUCAUUCACUUCUACCGUGUUGGGCGGUGGAUUUUCGGGCCUGGAGCAUGCGAAGCCGAGUCUUGUAUCAAGUUCACCAGUGUGUUCGCUAGUUUCUUUCUCGUCAGCGCUUUUAACGUGGAGCGUUACCAGGUCAUCAUGCAUCCACUGGAAACGCGGCACCGCCAGAGCUUGCGGAAGGCGGCUCUCAUCUGUCUGAGUAUGUUUCUCCUGGCGCUUGUCGCGAACCUGCCGUUCUGCGUGACUUCCAUCGUGGUGGAGGCAGUCGUAGACGGGAGAAACGCGACGGUGUGCCGCUAUUUCUGGCCGGAGUGGAACAGCGUUCCGGAGCACGCACAGAAGGCACGGCGACUGUACCUCACCAGUCUGGGGUUCCUACUGCCGCUCUGCCUGAACUUCACCCUGUACGUCCUCAUCAUUCGCAAGCUACGGGAUCAGGAUGCUUUUCGUUCUGCUGCGGGCGGGCAGCGCGGGAAAGAAUCCGCUACAGCAGUCACUAAAAUGGCAGCAUUCGUGACAGCAACAUUCAUCGUCUGCACGGGUCCGUACCACAUGUACAACUUCAUCAGCGCAGUGUCAGACAUCCACUUGUCCGAGUUUGUAGGUAUGUGGACCAAGCAGUUAGCCUUGGGGAACAGUGCCCUGGACCCCAUCAUCUACGCGCUCAUGGGGACCAACUUCCGGGAGUGCAUCAAACAGCUGUUCUGUCGGCGGCGACCACAGGCAAAGGGCCGGCCAAAGGGUAGCCGCAACGAACCAGACUCAGGUUAUGCGAUGGUUGAAAUAGAAUAAUGGGUAAAAGUAGGCAGAGUAUCCUGUAUUCCACAU